AACGCAAAAGUAAUUGAGUUGUACAAUCGGUUGUCUCGUGACGGCUUAGACUUUACAGAUAAAAAUGGCGUGUACCGCCUUAGCUUCUCUGAUUUCUCUUUACUUCUGGAUUAUUAUACAGCAUUUCAUUACAUAUAUCUUUGACAGCGCUCGAACGACAUUCAUAUUCUUUUGUUACGUCACCGUUGCCGGGCUUGGGCGUGUGCACGUCUUUGGAAUAAAUUAAUAAAUUAGUGUCGUGCCGAUCGCUCCUUCCGGGUCGCGUUUUUGGCGACAUCUAUCCGUUUCAUUUAAAUCAUAACAAUGAGCACCCUUUCGAAGGGUAAGAUAGAAGUGAGUUGUUGGUCCGAUUGACAAAAUGACGACCGACAUCUCGGUGGUGCGCGGGGGUUGGGACCCCACGCUACAACAAGAGAUUGUCGAUGAGUACGAAUACGACGGGGGAAACUCGAGUUCGAGACUUUUCGAACGUUCACGGAUCAAAGCUUUAGCUGGUGAACGUGAAUUGGUACAAAAAAAGACUUUCCAAAAAUGGGUCAACUCCCACUUGGUUCGAUGCUCUUGCCGAAUAGGCGAUUUGUACGUCGAUCUCCGUGACGGGAAAAUGCUCAUCAAGCUUCUCGAGAUCCUCUCCGGAGAACGGCUGCCACGACCUACGAAAGGGAAAAUGCGGAUCCACUGUUUGGAAAACGUGGACAAAGCGUUGCAAUUCCUCCGCGAGCAACGUGUCCAUUUGGAAAACAUGGGAUCCCACGACAUAGUGGAUGGAAAUCCACGAUUAUCCCUCGGCCUCAUUUGGACCAUCAUCUUGCGAUUCCAGAUACAGGAUAUCACGAUCGAGGAGACGGAUAAUCAAGAAACGAAAUCGGCGAAAGACGCGCUGCUUCUCUGGUGCCAGAUGAAAACCGCCGGCUAUCACAACGUGAACGUAAGGAAUUUCACCACGUCUUGGCGCGAUGGAUUGGCGUUUAACGCCAUCAUUCACAAACACAGGCCGGACUUGAUCCAAUUCGAGAAGCUGUCGAAAUCAAACGCCAUAUACAAUUUGAACAACGCGUUCAACGUGGCCGAGGACAAGCUCGGGCUGACCAAACUUUUGGACGCCGAAGACAUUUUCGUGGAUCACCCGGACGAAAAAUCGAUCAUCACGUACGUGGUCACGUAUUAUCAUUACUUCUCCAAGAUGAAACAGGAGACCGUGCAAGGUAAAAGGAUAGGCAAAGUGGUUGGCAUUGCAAUGGAGAACGAUCGUAUGAUACACGAAUACGAAAGUCUGACCAGUGAUCUGUUGCGUUGGAUCGAGGGUACUAUAGAGGCGUUGGGUGACCGCCGAUUUGCCAAUUCUCUGGUGGGUGUCCAGUCUCAGCUUUCCCAAUUCUCCAACUAUCGCACCGUGGAGAAACCUCCCAAGUUCGUGGAGAAAGGGAACCUCGAGGUGUUGUUGUUCACCUUGCAGUCCAAAAUGCGAGCGAACAAUCAGAAACCGUACACGCCGAAAGAGGGCAAGAUGAUCUCGGACAUCAACAAAGCGUGGGAGAGGUUGGAGAAGGCGGAGCACGAGCGCGAGUUGGCUUUGCGCGAGGAAUUGAUCCGUCAGGAGAAGCUGGAGCAACUGGCUGCGAGGUUCAAUCGGAAGGCAAGCAUGAGGGAGACCUGGCUGUCCGAGAAUCAACGCUUGGUCUCCCAGGAUAACUUCGGUUUCGACUUGGCCGCUGUCGAGGCCGCGGCGAAGAAGCACGAGGCCAUAGAGACCGACAUCUUCGCGUACGAGGAACGCGUCCAAGCCGUGAUGGCGGUCUCUCAGGAGUUGGAGGCUGAAAAUUACCACGAUAUCGAGCGCAUCAACGCCCGAAAGGACAACGUUCUUAGGCUGUGGAACUAUCUGCUGGAGCUGCUCCGCGCCAGGAGGAUGAGAUUGGAAUUGUCCCUCCAACUGCAGCAAAACUUCCAAGAGAUGUUGUACAUCCUCGACAGCAUGGAGGAGAUCAAGAUGCGCUUGUUGACCGACGAUUACGGGAAGCACUUGAUGGGCGUGGAGGAUCUGCUGCAGAAGCAUUCCCUGGUUGAGGCAGAUAUCAACGUGUUGGGGGAGAGGGUGAAGGCGGUGGUGCAACAAAGCCAGAGAUUCCUGGACCACGGGGAGGGGUACAGGCCGUGCGACCCGGCAAUCAUAGUCGAGCGCGUGCAGCAGCUGGAGGACGCCUACGCCGAAUUGGUACGAUUGGCGGUGGAGCGUAGGGCCAGGCUGGAGGAGUCUCGAAAACUGUGGCAGUUCUACUGGGACAUGGCCGACGAGGAGAAUUGGAUAAAGGAGAAGGAGCAGAUCGUGUCGACCGGGGACAUCGGCCACGACUUGACCACUAUAAACCUGCUGCUGUCGAAGCACAAGGCCCUGGAGAACGAGAUUCAAUCCCACGAGCCCCAACUGAUGUCCGUGGCAGCGGUCGGGGACGAGUUGGUCCGGCAGAAACACUUCGGCUCGGACAGGAUCCAGGAAAGGCUUCACGAAAUCCUGGGGAUGUGGAAUCACCUGUUGGACCUGGCCGCCUUCAGAAGGAAGCGCUUGGAGGAGGCCGUGGACUAUCACCAACUGUUCGCCGACGCGGACGACAUAGACAUCUGGAUGCUGGACACGCUGCGACUCGUCUCGUCCGAGGACGUCGGCAGGGACGAGGCCAACGUUCAGUCGUUGUUGAAGAAGCACAAAGACGUGACGGACGAGCUGAAGAAUUACGCCGCCACCAUCGACCAGCUUCAUCAACAGGCCUCCUCCCUCGGCGAGCAGGACGCCAAGUCGCCGGAAGUGUUGGAGAGGUUGGCCUCCAUAGACUCGAGGUACAAGGAGCUGAUGGAGCUCGCCAAGCUUCGGAAACAGAGGUUGUUGGACGCGUUGUCGCUGUACAAGUUGUUCAGCGAGUCGGACGGCGUGGAGCAGUGGAUAGGGGAGAAGAAUCGCAUGCUCGAGACCAUGGUCCCGGCAAAGGACAUCGAGGACGUGGAGAUAAUGAAGCACAGGUACAACGGGUUCGAGAAGGAGAUGUACGCGAACGCGUCCCGCGUCGCCGUUGUCAAUCAACUGGCCAGGCAGUUGUUGCACGUGGAGCAUCCCAAUUCGGAGCAAAUCGUUGCGCGGCAGAACGAGCUUAACCAGAAGUGGGCCGAGCUACGCGAGAAGGCGGAGAACAAGCGGGACGAGUUGAACUCGGCCCACGGUGUGCAGACGUUCCACAUAGAAUGCCGCGAGACGGUGUCCUGGAUCGAGGACAAGAAGCGUAUCCUCCAACAGACGGACAGUUUGGAGAUGGAUCUGACCGGGGUGAUGACUUUGCAGCGCAGAUUGAGCGGGAUGGAGCGCGAUCUGGCGGCAAUUCAGGCGAAAUUGGACGCGCUGGAGAUGGAGGCGCAGAAUAUCCAGCAACAGAACCUCGAGGAUCCCGAGGUGAUCAAGGGUAGGAUCGAUCAGAUACACACCAUCUGGGAGCAAUUGACCCAGAUGUUGAAGGAGCGCGACGCGAAGUUGGAAGAGGCGGGUGAUCUCCACAGAUUCCUCAGGGAUCUGGAUCACUUCCAGGCCUGGUUGACCAAGACUCAGACCGACGUCGCCAGCGAGGACACGCCAACCACGCUGGCCGACGCUGAGAAACUGUUGACCCAACACCAGAACAUCAAGGAGGAAAUCGACAAUUACACCGACGAUUACCAGAAAAUGAUGGAGUACGGGGAGAGAUUGACGAGCGAGGCCGGGGACGGCGACACCCAGUACAUGUUCCUCAGGGAGAGAUUGAACGCUUUGAAGAUGGGCUGGGAGGAGUUGCAUCAGAUGUGGGUGAACAGGAAGAUCCUGCUCUCCAAUUCCCUCAACUUGCAGAUAUUCGACCGCGACGCUCGCCAGGCAGAGGUGCUUUUGUCCCAGCAAGAGCACAUUCUCGCCAAGGAUGAGACGCCGGCCAACUUCGAGCAGGCCGAGCACAUGAUAAAACGGCACGAGGCGUUCAUGACAACGAUGGACGCGAACGACGAGAAGAUCAAUUCCGUGGUCCAGUUCGCCGGACGACUUGUCGACGAGGGACACUUCGCGGCCGACAAAGUCAGGAAGAAGGCGGAGAGUAUCAACGAGCGACGCCGGAUAAACCGAGAGAAGGCGAAUCAGUGCAUGGAGAAGCUCAAGGAUCAGCUGCAACUGCAGAUGUUCUUGCAGGAUUGCGAGGAGUUGGGUGAAUGGGUUCAGGAGAAGCACAUCACCGCCCAGGACGAGACCUACAGAAGCGCGAAGACCGUGCACAGCAAGUGGACCAGGCAUCAGGCGUUCGAGGCCGAAAUCGCCAGCAACAAGGAUCGCCUGCAACAGUUGCAACAGGCCGCCGAGGAAUUGAUACAGCAGAAGCCCGACCUGGCCGAGAUCAUCAAGCCGAAGGUGGCGGAAUUGGCCGACCAAUUCGAGGAACUCGAGACGACCACCCACGACAAAGGGGAACGUCUGUUCGACGCGAAUCGGGAGGUUCUUAUUCACCAGACGUGCGACGACAUCGACUCGUGGAUGAACGAGUUGGAGAAACAGAUCGAGAGCACGGACACCGGCUCCGAUCUGGCAUCGGUGAACAUCCUGAUGCAGAAGCAACAGAUGAUCGAGACGCAGAUGGCCGUGAAGGCGAGACAGGUCACCGAGUUGGACAAGCAGGCGGAACAUUUGCAGCGCACGGUGCCCGAGGACAAGAUGGAGGAGAUCAAGUGCAAGAAGGAGAAGGUUGCCCAGAGGUUUGCCCAGUUGAAGGCGCCGUUGAUCGACCGCCAACGCCAGCUGGAGAAGAAAAAGGAGGCGUUCCAGUUCAGGCGCGACGUGGAGGACGAAAAGCUGUGGAUAGCCGAGAAGAUGCCGCAGGCGACCAGCACCGAGUACGGCAACUCUUUGUUCAACGUGCACAUGUUGAAGAAGAAGAAUCAGUCUUUACGCACCGAGAUAGAUAAUCACGAGCCCAGGAUCAAUCUAGUCUGCAACAACGGGCGGAAACUCAUAGACGAGGGGCACGAGGACAGCCCCGAGUUCCAGAAGCUGAUAUCCGAGUUGACCGAGAAGUGGAAGGAGUUGAAGCAUGCCGUGGACGACAGGAACAAGCAUCUCCUUCAAAACGAGAAGGCGCAGCAAUACUUCUUCGACGCGACGGAGGCGGAGUCCUGGAUGAGCGAGCAGGAGUUGUACAUGAUGGUCGAGGACCGUGGCAAGGACGAGAUCUCUGCCCAGAAUCUGAUGAAGAAGCACGAGUCUUUGGAGCACGCGGUCGAAGAUUACGCGGAGACUAUUCGCCAGCUGGGAGAAACUGCCAGGCAGCUCAUCAACGACCAGCACCCACUUGCCGAUCAGAUCGCUGUUAAACAAUCCCAGGUGGACAAACUGUACGCCGGCCUCAAGGAUCUUGCCGGUGAACGCCGGGCCAAAUUGGACGAGGCUCUUCAAUUAUUCAUGCUGAACAGGGAGGUGGACGAUCUGGAACAGUGGAUCGCGGAAAGGGAAUUGGUAGCGGGAAGUCACGAAUUGGGCCAAGAUUACGAUCACGUGACGCUCCUUUGGGAAAGGUUCAAAGAGUUCGCCCGAGACACAGAGGCGAUAGGCUCGGAAAGAGUGGCUGCCGUGAACGGGAUCGCGGACUCCCUGAUAGCGACCGGCCACUCCGACGCCGCCACGAUCGCGGAAUGGAAGGACGGUUUGAACGAGGUCUGGCAAGACUUGCUCGAAUUGAUCGAGACUCGUACGCAGAUGUUGCAAGCCAGUCGAGAGCUGCACAAAUUCUUCCACGAUUGCAAAGACGUGCUUGGACGAAUAUUGGAGAAGCAGAACGCGAUGUCCGACGAGUUGGGCCGCGAUGCCGGCUCUGUUUCUGCCCUUCAACGGAAACACGCCAAUUUCAUGCAGGAUUUGUCCACGUUGCAAAGCCAAGUGACGCAGAUUCAAGAGGAGUCUGCCAAGCUGCAGGCAAGUUAUGCAGGGGAUAAGGCUAGAGAGAUAACUAAUCGCGAGGGAGAGGUGGUCGCUGCUUGGAACAACCUUCAGUCGUUGUGCGACGCUAGGAGGACGAAGUUGGAGGAUACCGGUGAUUUGUUCCGAUUCUUCAACAUGGUUAGAACUCUUAUGAUUUGGAUGGAUGACGUAGUCCGUCAGAUGAACACCUCGGAAAAGCCUCGAGAUGUCGCCGGAGUGGAGUUGCUUAUGAACAAUCAUCAAAGUUUGAAAGCUGAGAUAGAUGCCAGAGAGGACAACUUGAUGGCGUGUAUCAAUCUUGGAAAAGAUUUGUUAGCCAGAAAUCAUUAUGCAAGCAGCCAGAUCAAAGAGAAAUUGGCAGCUCUAACGGAUCAUAGAAACGCCUUGUUGCAUAGAUGGGAGGAACGCUGGGAGAAUUUACAACUGAUUUUGGAGGUGUAUCAAUUCGCAAGAGACGCGGCGGUUGCCGAAGCGUGGUUGAUCGCCCAAGAACCGUACCUUAUGAGCCAAGAACUUGGCCACACGAUCGAUGAGGUGGAGAACCUGAUUAAGAAACACGAAGCGUUCGAAAAGUCGGCAGCCGCACAGGAAGAAAGGUUUAGUGCCUUGCAUCGACUCACUACGUUUGAGUUGAAGGAAAUGAAGAGGAGGGAACAAGAACGAGAAGAAGAAGAAAGACGCAAGAAAGAGGAGGCCGCAGCAGCCGAGGCAGCUCGAUUAGCUAAAGCAACGCCUGUAACUAGUCCAGAUGAACCACCUAGCGAGAGGGCAGAAGCAGAGGGUGUACCAAGUGGGGAACGUCCAGCUGGAGAAGAUGAGUCACAUGUGGCACCUCGCAAGGCUUCUACACGUACACCACAGCCUCAAGACAAGCCCAAGGAAGUGCAUGUUCAGAAACCUGCACGUCUAUCCACGCGAGGAGAAGCGACACCACCUGCCACCUCUUCGAAACCUCCGCAAGGUCUAUCUAGUCCAACAACUCCUAAAGGUGGAAGCGGAAGCGAGUCUGGUACUUUAAGACGUAAGGAACGUAGUCGCAGCAAGUCGCCGUUCAGAAGCUUCCGUUGGAGAAAAUCCGCCAAGUCGCCGAGUUUAGAUCGCAGUGGCGUGAGUGAUGAUGAACGCAGCAUUUCUGAACAACGAAGUCCCACCGACGAUGAAUUCGAAGGCGUGUUGCAACGGAAGCACGAAUGGGAGAGUACAACGAAGAAAGCGUCUAAUCGAUCUUGGCACAAAGUGUACAUGGUUGUACGUGGACAAAGCUUGUUUGUAUAUACGGACCAAAAAUCGUACAAGGCAGCGCCUGAUCAACCGUACAAGGGAGAAUCUCCUCUGGAUCUUAGAGGAGCGACUAUUACCGUGGCGAGUGAUUAUACUAAGAAGAAACACGUCUUCCGAGUAAAGUCACAAAGCGGAUCAGAUUUCCUAUUUCAGGCUAAAGAUGAUUCUGAAAUGAACGAAUGGGUUACCGUGUUGAAUCAAGCGGCACAAGGUACAUCAGGCGCGGGCACAUCCAGGGCGCACACUUUGCCCGCGCCCACGCAAGCCGAAACUAAACGACGUAGUUUCUUCACUCUCAAGAAAAACUAAACUGGAGCAGUGAAGUUCGGUAUAAGCCGCUCAGCACAACACACACAGUUUAAUAAGAAAUGUUUCGUCGCUCUACGUGGUUAACAAAUAAAAAAAAAAAAGCAACGCUGAUUAUUAAAAUUAGGAGACAUACACGCGGACAUGGUGUUUGAAAAAAAUAUUAAAAAAAAAAAAAAAUGAAUCGAAGGACAAUUCAACUUGCUAUUAUAACAUUCGUGUCGUUUUAUGAAAUACGCCUAUUCAUCUUCGAAUAUUAUUCGCCAGAAAGAAAGAAAGAAAAAAAAAAAAUUAAAAUAGAAAAUAUUUCAGCAGCUGUCUGUAUGUGUUUUCACGCGCGUGUAGGCCAUUUAAAGUCUCUAAUUGCGUUUUUUUAAUUUUUUCCAAAAAUUUUCGAACACACUUUGCAAUAUAUCGCUAGUUGAGAAAAUGACACACACAUACAUACAUACACACAUUCGAUAAUGUCCCACGUUAGCGUGAUCGAGUUACUCGAAUAUGGAUAUUGAUCGUCAAAAUUAAUUCUAUACUUUUUUGGCAUAUUUGCAUGGCAACGCAAUAAUGAUAACACAAUACAAGAUAGAUCCUGUAAUUUAACCCUUUGCGCUCCAACGAUGACUUUCCGACAUCAUUUGCAUUGAUGGGGCAACUUGAACGGCGACAAUAUUUAUUUAUUGAUUUUUUUAGAAUAUCGCUUCAUAGAUAGGUUUCUAAGCUCUUUACGUGUAAUCUUAUAAUAUGUAGAAUAAUAUAUUGUUAAAUGGUUAGAUUUUUUAUCUCAAAUUAGACCGGGAUCGCUGGUCGGACGACAUCUUCGGCGUUAGUCUGAGUUUGACAAUAUUAAAAAUGGCAAUGUUAAAAAUUAUUAUUUUCAAAGUUUUUGAGUCUUGUAAGCAUUGGUAAUGAAAUUAGUUCAAGUGAAGAUGAAAUAAAAGGUAUAGAGAAAUAAGAAGGCGAAAAGUAAGAAUAAUAGAUAAUGUAUGUGAAAACAAUAGUAGAAGUAAAGAUAUCGCAGAAGACAGAAAAUUUCAAAUGGAUAGCAUGCACAGAAUCAGAAAAUAUAUUGCGAAGAAUACAAUUUGUAUCUCAAAAAAUCUGCAGGACCGCAAGUAUCUUCGAAUAUAAAUGAAUUAGAUUUUUUAAACUAUUUUUUACUGAUGAACUUAAUGAAAUAGUACGAGAAACAAAUAAUUAUGCAAAAAAGUUAAGAGUACUAUUGCUCUGACUUGCUUUGACAAACCGAGGAUGCAUCUUACUUCAUAAAAUAUGGAACAAAAUAUUAAAAUAUAAAAGUUUUAUGCGUUAAUUUGUGUGUGAAAUUAUAAAUUAGCUGUAAGAAAUUCCACCGAACGCACCAAAUGCGUGCAAAUCGUCUGAAGUUGCUAGUUCGACCAAGCGAAAAACAGUCUUGGAGUGCAAAGGAUUAAUAUGUGGUAUUUUAUAUAGUUUUUUUUAAUAUCAUUAAGACGAUCAUUUGUCUUUGUAAUUUUAUUAUUAAUGUCAUGUUACUGCAAAAGUUCUUUAGAUAUUUGAAAGUCAAAUAAGAAUUCAAUCUUGAAUUCAUGCUACUCAAAAAAUAGAGAGAAAUCAUAUAUUGAAACAAAAUGAGUCAAAUAUGAAAAGUCGACAAAUGAUCUGUCAUGUUUUGAAAUAAUAUGUACUUGUUAAUAUUUCUUUCUACAAUUUUCUACAUAUAUUUUAUCUUUUUUAACAUUUUAGAUAUUUCAAUGUUGAAAUAAUGCCUUAGAAUAUAUUUAUAUUCUUGUUUUAAUUGCAAGUUGUUGAAAUGUUGAAAUAAUUGAAAAGUAAAUUUUUUAAUCUUUUUAUAUUAUAUUAAAUAAAAGUUUAGAUAAAAAUAAAAAAUAAAAUUACUUACAAGUUAUAGAACUAUAAUGUUUUUAUUUUAGAAAAAAUUUUUAUAACAGAGCUUAUGCAGUGACUUGAUAUGCGUUGUUGCUCGUCUUAAGAAGAAAAGAAGCGUUGUAUAAUUUAUAUAAUUUAUAAUUUUUGCCUUUGUUUUAUCUAUUGUAAACAGCUCAAUUGCGCGAUGCACGUUCAUUUGCAACGACUGUACGUACACUUUCUCGCCCUGCACGUUUAUUUUAAUUUCAUAUUUCUCCGCAAACGGUUCGUUUGCGUUUCGAUAACUGCCAUAUAUAUAUUUUUAAGCGGCACACUAACUUGGGACAUAAUAUAUAUAUAAAUAUAUAAAUAUAUAAAUAUUAUAUAUAAAUAUAAAUAAAAAUUAGCUUUAAAAAAAUUGUUAAAUAUAUGCUAUGCCGCAAGGGAUACGCAUUGGAGGAUUAUAAAAAAAAAAAAAACAAAUGGAACACACAUUGUGUAAUAAUUUAAAGAAUUUCCUCUUAUAUAUGAUCCUAAAAAUAUGAUUCUACGGAAUUAAAAAAAGAAAGAAAGAGAGAUAUUUAAUUGUUCUUUAUAGACAUUUCUGCGUGUGUGAUACAGUUUUUAUUGAGCGAGUUUUUAAUAAUUAGAGAAAUCCAGAAACUCAGAAUGAUAUUAAGAUUAUGUUUGGAAAUAUCUCGCUUGAUACUAACUGAUAUCCUAUUCAUAUUACGAUCACGUGAUAUUCUUAUGCUUUAUUUUUCGUUCUUUUUCUUUUUUUUUUUUUUUGAUAUUUUUAAAUAUUUAUCAUGUUCAUUUUUUUUUUGUUUCGUACAAAGAGUAUAAGAACAAUUUAAUAUUCAGACUUAUAUUCGCAAUCAUUUUAUUUCAAUAACGAUUAUUUAAGAAUUAAUUAUUUUUACAAGAAAAUUAUUUUUAUUUUAAUAUCAUCUAAUUACAAUGCGACUCAUUUCAAUUGACGUCGACUUGUUCCAUUAUUCUUGGAAUGCACUUUAUUCUAACGCGAUAAUAUAUUUCUCGCAAUAAGACCUCUGAGUAGCACAUGAGGAUACGUUUGUAAAACGUCUCAUCUUUUUUACUAUAUUAUACUGUGCGCUUCAUACUAAUUUGUACAUAUGAUCAUUAUCAAUGCAGUGUACGCCUAGACAAGAAGAUGAAAAGUCAUAAUUAACGAACUUAAUCAAAAGAAAGAAAUGAAAUCGACAACAAGUUCGCUUUUUUCUAGUUUAAUGCAUGUGCAUUUAGUGGAUAUUUUUUAAACUAUUCGGAGUCGCAUUGCUACACUACACACAACUUAAUAUUUCAUAGCUAUGUGUUUUAUAUAUAAAUAUAAAUAUGAUUAUAUAUAUAUAUAAAUACGAGAUAAUGAAGGACGAUAAAUUAUAAGAAAUAAAAAUGUUUAUGAUAGAAAAUAUAUGAUAAUUGUAAAACUA